GGGGAGACCACCAUCAAAAACCUCCACCAGCCCCUGGCCACCUCCCCCAGCCCUCAGCCACCACCACCACCACCAUCCUUGCCCUUGGUCACCUCCACCAGCGUGCCCUGGCCGUGGCCACCAAGCCCUGGGCACCCAGUGCCAUGA